GAACCAAAAGCAACCAAGCAGGUAGGUGUUGACAUCAUGCAUGAAUCUAUUCGACAAUGGUGGACCUGUCGUCGUUUCUGAUCGAGAACAAGGGUGAUCUGGUAGUGGAGAGGAGGGAAGGACAGGGUCGCUUGGCAGUAGCCACUCGUCCGCUCACAAACCUCUUUGAGACUGUAAUACGGGAGAAACCAGCGCUCAUUUGGAGAUCGGAUGAUUUUGUCCACUAUUUACAGCAGUUCCGGUCUUCCUCUUCCUCGUUGCAAAAUGUCAUUCUGGACAUGUUUCAUCCUCCCCUCGAUUCUCCUGCAGUGUCCGACUUACGAGAGGGAGCAAUGGAGCUGGCACCGUUGGGAAUUUUCACCACAAAAGGGAAAGAGAGUGUCGAUUUUAUCCACAAACUGUUGGCCAUUGCCAAUACCAACACGCACGAGUAUUACGGUGCGCAGGACAGAAACACUUCCAUGUCGGCUCUGUUUUUGUUUGGCUCCAAAAUGGCGCACUCGUGUCAUCCCAACAUGACCUACACCUCGCAAACCGACGAUGGUGCUCUCGAGUACAAAGUCAUUCGACCCAUUGCAAAAGGAGAACCUGCUACUUUCUCGUACAUUGGAAACUUGUAUCGUACGCCAACUCCACAAAGACGCGCGUAUCUGCUACAGACCAAGGCAUUCACCUGUCACUGUGUCCGUUGUUCCAAACCCGACUAUUGUCGCUACGCCAAAUGCACUGGUGGUUGCAACACCAAGAUCCUCGUCCCCGACGCGCAAAACGUUUGGGCGUGUGACCAGUGUGGCGUUCGAGCUGACAUUGCCACAAUCGAACGACAACUGGCAGACCGGCUGGAGAAACUGUCCGAAGCAAAAGGCGAUCAGUCGCCCCAACCACUCCAGCAAAUCGUCCAAGAGUCCUCCAAUUCACUAUCAAAAGUUCACUACAUUACCAUCACAGCACUGGAAAAACUAUUUGUCUUGUUUGCCACCAAAGCCAAUCAACAACAACAACUCGCAAAACUCCUUGGUGGUGGUCUGCGUUCGUCUGCAGCGGAACUUCGACUGGAAGCCGCUCAGGCAGCAAUGGCAGCCAUUGCAGCAUCCGAGUGUGUGGCACAUGGCUGCCCUGGGGGCAACAAUGAUGAUUGCAAUGGCACGCAUCAUCAUCAUGAACCACUCUUUGAGAUGGCCGCCUUGAUGUACCACGCUUGCAAACAACUCCUGGAGGUGAACAGCGACAACAACCAGAUUCCACAACAUGCCGUCACAAUGGCCCAACGCUAUCUACCCGUCCUCAAGGCCAAGUUUGGGGAGAACCAUCCCCAUUUCAAUUUGCAGCCAAUCCUCCAACAAAUCAUUCUCCCUUCGUCAGCAUCAUCCAAUAAUAAUAUUGACAAGAAGAACAACCACAGCAAAUGUGCACAUUGUGGAAAAGAGAGGCAAAAGCUCCUGCGCUGCUCCCGAUGCCAGAAGACAUGGUAUUGCCACAAAGAUUGCCAAAUUGCUCAUUGGAAGGCUGGACACAAGGCCGUUUGUGUGCGUGUCAAGGAAACGCAGACAAGUACCAGCAAAAGUUAAACAAGUAGAUCAAAACAUAGAGACGUCGUAGCGUACCGUGUUGUAGCCACAGGAAGCUUGUGCCGUUUGUGGCGAUCGGAUCGCCCAGUCAAUGCUCAUACUACAUGUACUGGCAGCCAGCACGACGGCGUGCACUAUCUACCGAUAUUAGCUUCAAUAACUAUUACAACUAUCUUACU